UUGACAGUUGUUACAGGUAUGACGCCUAAAAAGUGACAUUGUUUUUAUUGUAAAAACUAAAAACAACAGAUCGAAUUGAGAUGAGCACCGCAAAUCCGUCCUAUAAACCGUCCGAGGGUAAACGCGAAGAGUUCCGUAAGUAUUUAGAGAAAAAUGGCGUAAUGGAUGCACUGACGAGGGUCCUGGUGAACCUGUACGAAGAGGCGGACAAGCCGGAUGACGCCCUGGAGUAUAUCAGGGACAAAAUGGCGGUAAUGGCGGGUCUGGAAACGACCAAACAGCUCCAAAUGAAACUGGCAGAUGCGGAGGAACGAAUAAAAGAGCUGGAAAGUCAGCUGCAAACCGGCGACGGGCCAGUGGAGGACGUUUCUGCUCCGACCGCGAGCACUCCCGAUAUGCCGUUCACCGAAGACCAGAUUAAAACCGAAGACGACGCUGCUCCUCCUCCCCCCCCGACAGAAGAACCGCCCGCGGAAAAUCCACCGGAGGAGUCCUAACCGGCUUUUCUUUUAAAUCCCGUGUAUUUAUUAUCAGUUUUUUCAGAGCGAGGGUUUUUAGUUGUAUCAUAGUGAUUGAUAAAUAAAUUAUGGCACUAUUUAAAAAGA